AUGGCCGACACCAACACCAACACCCUCUACCAAUACAGCACCAUCAGCGCCCUCCUCUCCGGCAUCUGCACCGAGGGCCUCGACGCCUCCACGCUCCUCGAACAAGGCACGUACGGUCUAGGCACCUUCUCCGACCUAGACGGGGAGAUUAUCGUGAUGAACUCGCGCGCCUACCACUUCCCCUCCAGCACGAAUGCCACCGUACGGCCCCUAAACCCCACCGACACCAUCCCCUUCGCCAUGCUCACCACCUUCCAACCAACACACAUUCUCCCACUCCCAACAACCACCACCUCGGAGAAAAUCACCCUGGGAACCCUCUCCGCCCUCCUCACCCCGCUCCUCGACACCAACAAAAACACCUUCCUCUCCCUCCGCCUCACCACGACCUUCGCCUGGCUCACCACCCGCAUCAUUCCUCGCCGCAGUUCCCCAGAGGAAACCCUCGCGGACUGCGCAUCCCGCCAGAAAGUGACCAACCACGGCCGCUCGAAAGGAACCCUGUUCGGCUUCUGGUCCCCAGCGUAUACAGUGGGGAUCGGGGUACCCGGAUUUCACCUGCAUUUCUUGUCCGAGGACGAGGAGAAGGGGGGGCAUGUGUUGGAUUUCGAGGGCGAGGGGAGGGGGUUGGAGGUCGCGGUGCUGCGGGAGGUGAGGUUGGAGUUGCCUGACACUGAAGAGUUUGGGCGGGGGGAUGUUGAGGCGCCGACUGCGGAGAUGGUAAGGGGGGCGGAGGGGGGGUAA